AUGAAUGAAAUAAACAUUGUAGAAAAAAUUUUUAAGGAUUUGGAUUUAAGUGAAAUAAAAGAAAGUGAAGAAGGAAGAAUUUACUCAAUUAGUGGACCAGUUGUAAUUGGUAGAAAUAUGUCAGGAUGUGCCAUGUAUGAAUUGGUCAAAGUAGGAGAAGAAGGUUUGAUAGGUGAGAUUAUAAAAAUAGAAAAUGAUAAAGUCACUAUACAAGUUUAUGAAGAAACAAGCGGUCUUUGUGUCAAUGAUAUAAUUGUUAGAACUGGGAAACCUCUUUGCGCAGAACUGGGCCCAGGUAUGUUUGAAAAUAUAUAUGAUGGUAUACAAAGACCUUUAAAGGAUAUACAUCAUGUCACAAAUAAUAUUUAUAUUCCACGUGGGAUUGAUGUACCGGCUCUUGAUAGGAAAAGAGAGUAUGAUUUUAUUCCUACUGUUGAAGAGGGGCAGAUUGUUUUUGGUGGUGACAUUAUCGGUGAGACAUUUGAAAAUUCGCUGAUUAAAACUAAAAUAUUAGUGCCACCAAAAAUGACAGGAAAAAUAAUUUACAUAGCAUCUAAAGGUGUUUAUACACUGCAAGAUGUUGUAGCAGAAAUAGAAAGUAAUGGAAUAAAAAAAGAAAUUUUUAUGUUUCAUAGUUGGCCUGUUAGAAUACCAAGACCUAUUAAGGAUAAAAUAAAUGCAUCACAUCCUUUGUUUACCGGGCAAAGAAUCCUUGACUCUUUGUUUCCAUGUGUACAGGGUGGUACUACUGCCAUUCCAGGUGCAUUUGGAUGUGGUAAAACUGUAAUAUCACAAUCAUUAUCUAAGUAUUCAAAUUCUGAUGCUAUUGUUUAUGUUGGAUGUGGAGAAAGAGGAAAUGAAAUGAGUGAAGUUCUUAUGGAAUUUCCAAAACUAACAGUAGAAGGAAAAACAGAUAGUAUUAUGAAAAGAACUGUUUUAGUAGCAAAUACUUCAAAUAUGCCUGUGGCUGCAAGAGAAGCUUCUAUUUAUACUGGAAUUACUAUAUCAGAAUUUAUUAGAGAUCAAGGUAUGAAUGUUUCAAUGAUGGCAGAUUCUUCUUCUAGAUGGGCCGAAGCUUUAAGAGAAAUAAGUGGUAGAUUAGCAGAAAUGCCAGCAGAUAGUGGUUAUCCUGCAUAUCUAGCUGCUAAGCUUGCAUUUUUUUAUGAAAGGGCUGGUGCUGUUACUUGUUUAGGUUCACCUAAUCGAACAGGAUCUGUUACAAUAGUAGGUGCCGUAUCUCCACCUGGUGGGGAUUUUAGUGAUCCUGUUACAUCUGCAACCUUAGGAAUUGUUCAAGUAUUCUGGGGAUUAGAUAAAAAACUUGCACAAAGAAAGCAUUUUCCUUCUAUAAAUUGGAAUUUAAGUUAUUCUAAAUAUUUUUCUAGUUUAAAACCAUAUUAUGAAAAGAUAGAUCCUAACUUCAUUAGACAUCGUACUAAAUGCAAAGAAAUUUUGCAAAUGGAUGAUGAUUUAUGUGAAAUUGUUCAACUAGUAGGAAAAAAUGCAUUAUCUGAAACAGAAAAAUUGAUUUUAGAUAUUUCAAAAUUAAUAAAAGAAGAUUUUUUGCAACAAAAUGGAUAUUCUGAUUACGACAGGUAUUGCCCAUUCUUAAAAACAAGAUUAAUGCUAAAAAAUAUUAUUGAAUAUUUUGAAAAAGCCCAAAAAAUAAUUGCUGGAAGUAAACACACUUGGGCUGACAUAAAAAAACAGACUGAAGACAUUUUUUACCAAUUAAUGAAAAUGAAAUUUUUGAUGCCUGAUCAAUACUUAGAAAAAAAACUUGAUGAGUUGUAUUUAGAAAUAACAAAAAGUUUUAAUGAGUUUUCUAAAUAA